UUCUUCUUCUCCCCUGCAACCGAACAAGAAACCCCAAGCCCAACAACACCACCCACUUGAAAAAACGGUAAAAAGCUUGAUUUCUUUCCCUUCUUUUCUUGUUGAAGAACAAGAUUUAGACUUAGAAAUCUUCCCCUCUGCAGAAAAAUUCCAGAUGGGCUCUGCUCCCUCCCUCUUCGUCCGUUGCUCUGCUGUGUGGGUGUGAUUUUUCAAGUUUCUAGUAAGGGAAACAGCCACUAAUUCCUCUUUUCUCCUUUGAUUUGGCUUGAGUUUACUCUAAUUUCUUUUGGUUUCUCCAAUUUUCGGUAGAUCCCCUGAUUUCUCCUUCCAUUCCCGUCGGCCUCCCCCAAACCCGCCAGCUCCGGUUUGCUUGCUGAAGUUUCUGGUUCUUGAUUAUUUUGUUACCCUAGCACUUGAAGUGAAUUUUCUGUGUUAUGCAACUGAGGUAAGUAAAUUAUGGUAACGCCCUUCGAUUUCAAAGUAAAAGCAUAUUCUAAAUUGUUUUUAAGAUAGUGGCAAGGUUUAAAUUGAUUUUAUUAGCACCGAACAUGAAUGGUUUGAAAUGGAAUUAUUAUCAUUUUCAUUGAGUUGAGCAUGCCUACUUGGAGUUAACUUAACUGCCCAGAUGAUUUGAGAAUUUUUGUAAAUGAUGAUUUUCCUGUUAAAUCCAUGCCCACAUGGAAAAUUUUCCGAUUUAUUCUUGAAAUUUGAGAUUGAUUGUGAAUUACGGAUUUUUUCUGUAAAUCCUACAUAGUUUUGUCUCUAAUAUAGUCAUGAUUACAGAUUACUGACGCCCAUUAGUGGGAGUUUACAAACGCUAGCACAUGUCGACAUAUAUACCGAUAGGACCGGUUCAUUCUGUAAUCCUGCCAAUGGAAUAAUACAUUGGUUAUUACUGAAACUGAUGCCUAC